UUUAAAGACAUUAAAACUUAUAGAUCUAUUAAAGCUAUCGAUAAACUUGGAAUCGACAAUGAAAUGAAAGCUUAUGCAUCAUUAAAUUAUAAACUGUAAAUAUUUUAUGACGUUUUGUCAAUACGAUAAUAAACAUUAUGUAUUAUCUUGCUCAAGUUCAGUUUUUUUGGAAAUCCACGUCAGUCAACCUACUGUUGUGAACUGGGAGUCCGUACUCAAAGCUGAGAUGUUUCGGAAUUAUUUAUUGACACUGAUUUUGGUUUUUUGGAAUUCCGGAUAUACACAAACUGGAUUGAUUGAUUCGCCUAACAAAGAGUCAAAGGAUUCCACAAUAAAAUCAAAUGGAACCACGGGAGGAGAACUAGAAGAACCAAUAUUGCAAGAUAAAAUCAACUCUAGGUUGCUGGCGUCUAUUGCCGGUUUUAUGGGUAUCGGUAUUGGUGGCGAAGCGGGUGCCAAAUUUGCAUACAGUAAAGGUACCAAUAGGGCUUGUUGUGUGGAUGGCACUAUGGGUUGUUGCGUGGAUGGCAGUGUUGGUAUCCAUACGCAAUGUUGUGCGAGUACCACUAUCAAUAUGGAAACCAGUGUGGGUGGCAGUGCGGGUAUCAAUAAAACUAUUGGUGGCAAUAUCAAUAUUGGUAAAAGUUGCGAAUGAUUUUCAACACAGCAGCGAACACUUUUGGAUUGGAUGGCACAAUUUCUUAGCAUAUGUAGGAUGUUUCUCAAUAAAAGCUCAACAGUAGUGUUUAUCGAGGAUUAUUCUAAUUGGAGGUGUUGUAUGAAUAUAUAUUUAAUCUAUAUGUGAUUA